CAGUGACGGACGCAAAUAUUCUCAAGUUAACUAGCUUGAACUAACCUCUCGUCGCUCCUUUCAAUUCAAACUAUGGCAGAUGUUACCGUGCUCGUUUCACCGACUCCACUCUAUUCAAGGCCUCAGUCCGCACUUGGUUUCAGCCUGAAUCUUGCUCGCCGAAGCCAGCCUGAAUUCGCAUCACCAGUAAUGGUCACUCUUGAGACAGCAGAUCCUUCGACAGCACCUUCUUCGCCGGUCGAAGUGCGAACCUUUGACGAAGCUUUGCUUUUACCGCCCAAGCGUUCAUCCAGAGGGCACCGAAACCAGUCAAGCAUUUCCCGUUCGCAGUCUGCCCCGCCCAUACAGGUUUCUUUCUCUGAACCUGUCAAGGCUCCCCCACGACGCGUAUUCUCUACGUUUCCAGCUACAUCUACAUACACGCGUGAGCUCCCUCGACCAGCACCUUCUCUCUUCCGCCCAAGGACUUUUUGGCGCAAGACAAAGCGUUCAGGCGUCACAGGCGCAUCUUAUUCUCCUGCUUCCCAUCUAGUUCGACGGGCCACCUUCCUUGCUGCUGGCCUUUCCCUUGACGCACCUGCCGCUGACCUCAGCGCCCUUGGUGUAGAAAGCCGCGUCUCAGUUCUUGUCCUCGGCCCCGAUCACAUAUUGCAGCUGUAUCCCAGCGUUGCCUAUGGAGGUGGGACUUUGACCCAUUGGAAUAUUAAUUACGCGUAUGCAUAUGAACGUCAGGACGAUGGUCUCACCUCAUUGUCGUAUCCUCCUUCUUCUACACCUCCGGAUUCAACCCCUAUAGAUAACCCUACCUCUGUCGUUGCCCCCGCGUCCACCGAGGCAAGUGCAAACACAGCUACCAUAAUUUCUAUCACCGCCCUCCCUCCUCUCAAUACGACUCUGCCUCACGGUGUCACAAAAGGUUCCUACCACCAGCACCUUGAUGUCAUAUUUCUAGCGCCGCUCUUCGCAGUGUUAGGUGUUUUACUUGGGGUGGGUGCCGCGAGUCUGUGGUGGAAGUUCCGGCAAAUCGGCGAUGCGGGUUCUGGCGUAUGUGGACUAGGUGGCAGGAAAACCGGCAGUGGGAGUAGGGUUAAUCUUGAACCUGGUCCAGCUUAUACACCCGCGCCCCCUGAUGAGGUUGAUGGCGGUGUCGACGAUGUGGAAUGCCAUGGACCAUAUUCGACUCGCAACAGGAGCAUGGAAGAAGUUACGCUCUUUGCAGCGGGCACACCUAGUAAAACAACGGUACACGGCACGCGGUACCUCUUCCCCACGCACAUGCGUGACCAAGUCACCAGCGAUGAUACUGUGACCAAACCUCUCUGUACACCAUUCCUUAUAGGUGCAAGUCAGUUCAACUCAGCUGGGACUGGGGGCUCUGAUCAUGGCGACCCGUUCACGUGGACCCAUAGUGCUUCUUCUCGCGUAUAUGAUGCAGAAAGGGCAGAGGCAGGCCAGUCUCGACGCAGCAUGUUCCAAAGAAUCUCAAAUCGCUCGACCUCGGCUAAUGGCAGACAAUAUGCUGCGGUCAGGACGCACGAUUCCUCCCCAAGUAACCAUCCCCGCCUCAACUUAAUCCCCACUCUAGCUCCAAACAUCAACCCCGCAAAUACUGUGAACAGUACGACUCCCCACGGGGGAAGGAGCAGUGCGGUGGAUGUUCCACUGCGCUCGCUUGAGGAUGGUGCAGGAGGGGAGGUGCAACGGCCUGUGAGAGCGUGGUUGGAAACACCUGAAGGGGUGGUUGAGACACCUGGGAGCACGAGAUAUGGCAAGUCCCGCAAAUACAAGGCCACUGGCGAUCAGCAUACUGGUUAUGUACCAAUGGCAGAGACUCCACGGACCCCCAUCUCGAGAGUCAGUCAGUUCUGGACGCCUCGUUGGAAAAAUAAACCCGUGCCGCUGCUCUCAUCUCCUUCCCCGGCUAAACCUUCUCCAUCCACACCAUACAUUAUACAAUCUCCUUCACAAAUCCCGCGAUCCCCAUCACCGAUGCCACGAUCUGCUUUAUUCACUUCGACGCGUGAAGGACCACCUAAAGAGCGUAAGCAGCAGGACCUCCUUGAGAAAAGAAUGGAAUCUGAGCCCAAAUCGCUGGAGCGUAGCAUAUCGAUUCCGCAAAUCGACUCUUCCGUUCUCCCACGUAGCCCCCCAUUCCUGAUGUCUCCCCCCCUCGAAGCCGCACUGCUAUUCACCUCUACUUCAUAUGGUGCGCUCAGUUUUGCCACACUUGCGAAUUUAAGCCCGAAGUUGGUCUCGCGUUCUUCACCCACGUCCAAUGCAAGGGUUUUUACAGGCGCUUACGACAGCCCCUUGAACUCAGAGACCAAGGCAAAGGCCAACCUGAGAUCGCAAAAAGAUUCGAACGCAAAUCAGAGUGCAUAUGUUACUUCCCCUGACAUUUCGCUCUUCCCGCUCCCUUCCUCUGCAAAGAAACUCAAGAAGCGCAAGAGUCAGAGUAAAUCCAGGAAGGGGAGGCGGAAAGAGACGAAUAGAGGGACUGAGACUUCACCGAUGCUCCCGUUCCCUUCAUAUCCUGACCACCUCGUGCAUGCAGGACAGAAGACCUCUGUUUCAAUGACUCUCGCCUCGAGCACCUCGCAACCCAUGAUCUCGCCCACACCCACUAUGCUCGCGAUUCUGACUGCGGCCCAGAGCUUGGAGCGCGUGAAUGAGAUCUUAGUGAGAGGCUAUAGUGAACGGGCCCUUGGCGGUGGAGACAUGGACGGCGAGGAGAGGAUGUUGAGAGGGGGUAUUGUCGUUGCAGGUAUCGAGGAGAACUCAGGACAUGGACGAUAUGUGUAG